UGUGUGUGUGUGUGUGUGUGUAUGGGGUUGGGGAGGGUGCGCUUAUGUUACACUCCUAAAAUGCUGUUUAACCCUUGUUUCUAGAAACCAUUUCCGUUUUUUGGCUUUUGUCAAUCCAUUGCAAAAAUGGCAAAUGUAGGCACUUGUGGCUCCUGUGUAUGAAGGGGGAGGAGGAAAAGAAUUGCCAGUCCUUUGGGAGGCUCCAGAAGUCAUUCACAUGUAAGUAAAAAGGGAAAAUAGAAAAAUUGCCAAAGUCAUUAUUCAGUCCUUAGUUUUCUUAUGACAUUACUACAUCUGCUAAUGGAGAACGCAUGCUGCAAGCUCAGCUUCUGUUGCCUCCCCCUACCUGCUGACAGACUCUUGAUGUGUGCAAAUGACUCUCAAGUAUCUGCCAGAUUGCCUGUAUAAGGUAUUUAUAAGGUAUUCUUGUCAGUUAAGUGAAAUGGAUAAAACUUAACUUUUCUGGUCAUGAAUAUUAUCUCACUCCUCUGUUACAUACUCUGUUAAGAUAACUGUAUUGCCACUAGUAAUCAAGAUGCUAAUAAAUUACAACUGUCUAAAGAGAUCAUCUUUUAAUAUACAAAGAUUUGUGCAUAUUUGGAAUUGAUAUGACAUUCAUUUGUACUCAUUUGAGUGAUGACUGCACAAUAAACACAGAUACCUACAGACUCAGUUUCCGUUCCUUGUGUUCUUUGAAUAAUGACCUUUACAGAUUAGGUAUUUCUGUACUUUAUCAGUAAUAAACUUUGUAGCUCCUGUGAAACAUUAUUUUGUUUAAAUCAUUUGAGACUUGAGUCCUUAAUAUCAGCAUCAUACUCAACUAGUCAAUCUCUUGAGUUUCUGUGACUUGGUUAGAAGCUCUUAACACUAAGGGAUUGGCGUUCUCCCUGGGUUUAUCAACACUGGGGCAUUGCUGUAUGACUUGAUGUUGCCACAUUGACUUUGAAAUAUAUAGUAUUUUAAGGAUUCUGUUGAUUGACCAAUGUUCUAUUGCAAAGUGUGAGCAUACAAAUCUUGGUUAACUGUAUAUAGAUAGCUCAUUGUUAACUAGUUGAACCGUUAGAAUUGCCUGUACUAUUUAAGCUUCUGAUAAGUGUGCUGGUGGGAACAUAACUUUUGUACGUUAUACUUACUGAAAUGUUGCCUUUUUUAAUUUUACAAAUACUUUGGAAUUCAAAUGUUUCUUGCUUCUGUAAGAAUUAAUUUGGAAGGGUUUUAAAUGACAUUCCAUUGGUUUCAGGUUUUGCUGGAGGUUGACUUAAAUAAAUUGUCCUGUAUGUUCCAAAUUAAGUAUAUGGGCUUGUUCUUUGCCUGUAAUUUCCUAUUGGGAAGGGGGCCACAAACAUACAUCUCCUCUCAACCAGUUUCUUCCCUUCAGAAUGACAGUGCUGCUAAGAAAGUUUCCUGAGACAGGGGCUCACUAUGGAGACCUGACUGGAACCCACUAGCCCAGGCUGGCCUGGACGCUGAGCUCCCCGGAGCGCUGCCUGCCUCUGCGUCUUGGGUGCCAGGACUAAAGGCAGGCGGCCGGCCCUGCAGGGUGCUGCUCCCGCUUCGCUGCGGCGUCUCGGUCCUCCCUGCUACUGCAGGCACUUUCAUCUCAAGGCCGUGCUCAGAUCCCGGGUGCCGACUGACUGACACCCGGGAAGCCAGCUCAGGCCGAGCAACCCGGGGGACGGGGCCAGGUGGGCCGUUAGAGCCUGGUGACAGUGGGGUCUGACCCGCCGGCUUCCGGCAGGUCGCCCUCGGUGGUGUGGGUUUGGCCCGGGUUGGUGCAGGUCCCCGGAGCCCGCCAGGUGGCGCCAGGCCCAGGCGGAACCCGGUGCUCGUUGGAGCCACGUCAGCCUGGUCUGCCCACAGUCCUAGGGAUGCGGAAAGUUGCGGUAGCCCUGGGAGCCGAACUGGGCGUACGGGUCCUGCUCGUCCUGGCCUUCCUGUGAGGAUUUUCUAGAACUCUCCCUCACUUCCCGGCACACCUCCCCCUUCUUCCGAAGAGCCGGGAGCGGGACUUCCCGGAAGUAGUGCCAAGUCCGUGCCUUUUCUCCCCAGGGUAACGGAACUGCUCCCUCCCUUCCAGCGGCACAUCCAGCCAGAGGAGAUGUGGCUCUACCGGAACCCCUAUGUGGAGGCCGAGUACUUCCCUACCCGGUCCAUGUUUGUGCGUGGACCACCCUUCCCGCCGGGCGGAGAUCAGGCAGCUCAGCACCAGGGCGUGGGCCAUCGCACUUGUGUCUCCGCUGUCCCUCAUCGUCCUGGCCAAGGUCCUGAAGAAAGCGGAUACCGCAGACAGCAAGCAAGCCUGUCUGGCUGCCAGCCUUGCCCUCACUCUGAACGGCGUCUUUACCAACACAAUGAAACUGAUCGUGGGGAGGCCACGCCCAGAUUUCUUCUAUCGCUGCUUCCCUGAUGGGCUUGCGCAUUCUCAUUUGUCUUGCACAGGGGAUAAGGAUGUGGUGAAUGAGGGCCGGAAGAGCUUCCCUAGUGGACAUUCUUCCUGUAUGAAUUUCAUAUGGAUUGCUUCAGUAUUUAUAAAUGUAUUUGCAUUUUAUGUUUUCCUGUGUGCAUUUGCAUUUGCCAGUCUGGCCUUUGCAUCCUUCUACCUGGCAGGGAAGUUACACUGCUUCACACCACAAGGCCGUGGGCAAUCUUGGAGGUUUUGUGCCUUUCUAUCGCCUCUACUUCUUGCAGCAGUAAUUGCACUAUCCCGCACCUGUGACUACAAGCAUCACUGGCAGGAUAUACUGGUUGGAUCCAUGAUUGGAGUGAUCUUUGCCUAUGUCUGCUACAGGCAGUAUUAUCCUCCUCUGACUGAGGCAGAAUGCCAUAAGCCAUUUCAGGACAAUCAUCAAACCACCACUUCACAGAAGCAGCCUGCUGAUUCUUACCAUUUGGAUAUUUAGCUAAAUCUACCUAAAUGAAGACCAGGCAAACCAACCUUCCUGAUGAACACCAUGGGCAAGUCAAGACUUUCUGGCCCUUUUACCCCUUCUAAAGUAAAAGUGACGACACAGCCAGGCCACAUUUCUGCCUCCACAUGACUGUGCAGUUUUGCCUCAGGUCACCUGAACAUAUCCUGAGGAAUCAAGGUUAUUUUCCACUACUGUAUACCACCUGUUCUGGGAAAGGACCUUUCAGCCACUCUCUUACCAGGUUAAUGAAUCUGGCCCAUAAGAUUGGCAUUCUGAGAUCUGUUAUUUUCACAUUUAAUUUCAAUUAUCACUCAAGAACUUUUUGACAAAGAAGACUUUUUUACAUGGCCCCACUUUAUCCUAAGAAAGUUAAUUACCAAAACUUAAUUUCCAUUCCUUAUAAAUCAGAAUCUUAAAAUCUAGAGCAGUAGAACUAAAUUUCUUUGACUCUAUUUACUUUUUGUGGUAACAUUCCAUUGAGCCUUAAAUAAGAAAAUGGCCAGUUUUGGCUAAUUUCUCACUUUUUGACUAUAUCAGGAAAGAAAAACUAGAGACACUCUCUGGAAGACAAAUGCACCUUUGUCUCUCUCCUCCUUUCAAGGUGAUACAAGGACAGUCACAGGCCACUGUCAGAACUGGAUUCCCAGGACCUUACACCUGCCUUUCCUUUACUGCCAUGGUACUGUAAACCUAACCUUAUUACAGCCACCUUCCUAUAAUAUACUUGAAAAUAUAUUUUCAAUGCCUUUUUUUACUUCAGUAAAUCUUGAUAUUGAAAUAAAAUGGUGAAUGUGCACGUUCUUUUUUGUAUGUUAAGCACCAUUCUGAGACUGGAACAUAAACACUGAUUUCCCAUCUGACAUAAGUGGUUAACUGCUGUUAUCUGUUAUAUUAGCUGAUAUCUGUACAUACCUAGGACAGUCUUUGUAUUUACAAUUGCUAUAUCGGAUCACAACAAUGAAAACAUUAGUCAAGGGAAAAUAAAUUACAUACUAAUUUGCCUAAAAUUUUUAAACAGGAGAGGAAAUGGUUAAUGUAUUGAUUUUUCUUUAUGACAGAUGAGGCCAGGUGAAAGUAGGCAACUGGUCAACAGUUUUAUUUCAGUAUUUACUAAAGUCUUAAAUAUAAUCACAUAUAAAACAUUUCAAAAGUGCAAAAUAUCAGAAGCUAAUCAGUGCUAUUAACUCUUCCUUGCAGGCAGUCUCUCACUGAGAUUAGGCAAAACCAAUUCUGUAGCUAGGAAUAUGUACAAAAUGCUCUUAUACUAGAGUUUAGUAAUGGGCUUGGUCAAGAGGUUGCACAUGAUAAAAUGAAGGAGUGCAAGUAAUUUAUAACUAAAUAAAGGACCUUAACCUUAUUCAUUGUAUAACACACAGUCAUGAUGGGUGAGACACUAAGGUGUUUUAGUUAUCUGCCCACACCACCAGGAAAGAAGCAUUUCUUAGUACAGUGGUUUAUCUAGCUCUCCAGGGCUAAGCUGCCCAUCUUUGGUUACAGGAACUCAUUCUUGGUUGUACUUUGGUUUACUCUUAAACAGUAACUAUUCUGCAAGAAGAGUAAACAAAUUUGAAGACAACAACUUUAGUAUACAAUGUAUACUACUUAAUUCUCAAUAAUUCUUACUCAGUUACUGUAAUGAAAAUAAAAUAUGCCACAUAUCUGAAACUUCUUAGUAGCUUAUUCUGCAUUAAUCCAUAAGCAGAGACAGGCUUGAACUAUGCCCACCUGUGCAUCUACAACCUGUAAGGCGACUGACAGUAGUUAACCUUCCUUUUCUAUGCUAAAAAGGAUAAAAGACUGUUCUUUCUAAAGGAGGCUCAGUGAGCAUUAAAUACCAGUAUUUUUGGAUACCAUGAUAUGUUUAGAAAAAAAAAUGUUU